CUCCCUCUGCCUUGGCGUCCUUCCAUUGGAACCCUCGAUUCCUCUCGUUUUUUCUCUUUAAGCCUUUUCUGACGUGAUUCUUCUUCUUCUUCUUCCUCCUCUUCUUCUUCUUCUUCUUCUUCUUCUUCUUCUUCCGACUUUCGGUCGCUGGCAGCAGUCGAUCCGAGCAUAUCCGGGCGAGGUUCCCACUAAUUAUGUGCUUCUGACCUCCGCAGAAUGGGACUCUGCUACGGGAAAAACAUAGCUGCAGAUGAUGAUGCCUCCGGCGACCGGCCGUCCUCCACCUCCGUCAACGGUGUCCCCGCCCGCGGUUCCACUCCCGUGCACGCGUCCUCACCGAACCCAUGGCCCAGCCCUUACCCCGUCUCCGCCAGCCCGUUUCCGAGCAGUGGAGGCGCCUCCGCCAGCCCUCUGCCGGGCGGGGUGACUCCCUCGCCGGCGAGGUCCUCCACGCCGAGGAGGUUCUUCCGGAGACCGUUCCCUCCGCCUUCGCCAGCAAAGCACAUAAAAGCGUCGCUGAUGAAGCGGCAGGGGCAGGCGAAGCCGAAGGAAGGUCCGAUACCGGAGGACGGCGUCGACGCCGAACGGCCGUUGGAUAAGAGCUUCGGUUACAGCAAGAACUUCGCCGCGAAGUAUGAGGUGGGGAAGGAGGUCGGGAGAGGGCAUUUCGGUCAUACGUGCUCCGCUAGGGCUCGCAAGGGAGAGAUCAAGGGUCAACUCGUUGCGGUGAAAAUCAUCUCGAAGGCGAAGAUGACGACCGCUAUAGCGAUUGAAGAUGUUCGUCGUGAGGUUAAAAUAUUAAAAGCCUUAUCUGGGCACAAGCAUUUGAUCAAAUUCCAUGAUGCUUGUGAAGAUGCUAAUAACGUCUAUAUUGUUAUGGAAUUGUGUGAAGGUGGUGAGCUUUUAGACAGGAUACUUUCUAGGGGAGGAAGAUAUACUGAAGAAGAUGCAAAAACAAUAGUCGUACAGAUCUUAAGUGUUGUAUCAUUCUGCCACCUUCAAGGUGUCGUGCAUCGUGAUUUGAAGCCUGAGAAUUUUCUUUUCACCACUAGGGAUGAAGAUGCACCCAUGAAGAUUAUUGAUUUUGGACUUUCUGACUUCAUUAGGCCAGAUGAAAGAUUGAAUGAUAUUGUCGGAAGUGCAUAUUAUGUUGCUCCUGAAGUUCUUCAUAGAUCAUAUAGUAUGGAAGCAGAUAUUUGGAGUAUAGGUGUUAUAACAUACAUUCUACUAUGUGGUAGCAGGCCCUUCUGGGCUCGGACUGAGUCCGGAAUAUUUCGUGCGGUCCUUAGGGCAGAUCCUAACUUUGAUGAUGCACCAUGGCCCUCUGUAUCUCCUGAGGCAAAAGAUUUUGUGAAGAGGCUUCUCAAUAAGGACCAUCGCAAAAGAAUGACUGCUGCACAAGCUUUAACUCAUCCAUGGCUCCGAGUGGAGACUCGGCCAGUUCCUUUGGAUAUAUUAGUGUAUAGGUUGGUCAAAUCUUAUCUGCGCUCAAGUCCUCUCAAACGGGCAGCAUUGAAGGCAUUAGCAAAGGCUUUGACAGAGGACGAACUAUUCUACCUUCAAUCUCAGUUUAAGCUAUUGGAGCCUAGUAAAGAUGGAAGAGUUUCUCUUGAGAAUUUCCGCUUGGCUCUCAUGAAAAAUGCUACUGAUGCCAUGAAGGAGUCGAGAGUCCCUGACAUACUGAAUACUAUGGAGCAUCUAUCCAUGAGAAAGAUGGACUUUGAGGAGUUUUGUGCUGCUGCAAUCAGCAUCUACCAAAUGGAAGCUCUUGAAGGGUGGGAGCAGAUUGCGAACACAGCAUUUCAGUUUUUUGAAGAGGAGGGCAACCGAGUGAUCUCUGUCGAUGAAUUGGCUCGGGAAUUGAACCUUGGUCCAGCUGCUUAUGCAAUUCUCCGUGACUGGAUUAGGCAAUCUGACGGAAAGCUCAGUUUUCUUGGUUAUACCAGAUUCUUGCAUGGCGUUACCUUACGCAGUGCAAAUACUAGACAUCAAUAGUUUGUGCUAGGGUUCUCGGGGUUUCCCACUUUUAGCACCUGGUAGAAUGUGUAUAGAUGAAUACGUGGUGAAGUCCGUUUGGGGUUUCUAAAACAGUGAGGUCUCCUCGCUUGAUGCUGAUUUGUUGUGUGUCCCCGUGCCCCAGAUUGUGUACUAUAGAAUGCCGUCCUUUCCUCUUAUUUAGUUCAAGGUAUAGAUAUGGCAUGUGAAGCUUGAGAAAAUUGUUUCAAUUUAGAGACGACCUCAAUGAUAGAGACCCCAUUUCAGAAAGGGGAAUGCUUUUGCUGUUGCUGUAGGCGGGGAAAGAGUCCAUCCGUGGGGUAGCUCUGUGGCUUUGUAUCUGCUCUUUUAUGAUGUUUGUUCUGGAGACCCGCUAAUGGCAGCACUAAGCUAUACGAAAUUCAAUUUUCUGUAAUUGAUUUUUUGUGCAACUGGAAAUAUCAAAGUUUAUAUAUUUUCGUGCA